AGAGAGAGAAGGAAGGAGGAGGCUGGUACAAACUAGAGUCUCACACACAUUUCAGGUCAGUCCUCUGGACACAAACUGCUCUCAUCUGUCUGCUGCUGCUGGACCGACUGUCUCACCGUCAACCCGACUCAGUGAACUCUUCUCAGUGCAUCUGUCUGUCUCUCGGCUCAGAGCCUGAAGACAUCUCAACAUCUCAGUCAGACAAUUAACUUGGACAACAACAGACAAACUUGUGACUGGAGGAAGACGAGUAAACAACUGGAAGACAUCUGGACCAAAACCACCUCACAUACAAACAUCUACUGCUGCUGGUCGCUGAGGAUCAGUGGAAGGAAGGAGGAAGUGCCUUGCUCAAAGGCACCUCAACAAUAGCUGCAGCCACUUUACCAACAUUGUCAAGAUUUUCUCAGGUCAACUGUCAUCUUAAAUCAGGUGAAUCGUGUACCUGCAGAGUGACUGCUGAGAGAUAAAUAAUAACAACAAAGGAGCUGUAAGCGGUCAUGGCAGACUGGAGCCUGCUGGGAAACUUCCUGGAGGAAGUUCAGGAGCACUCUACCUCUGUUGGCAAGGUGUGGCUGACCAUCCUGUUUAUCUUCCGUAUCCUGGUGCUCGGGACCGCCGCCGAGUCGACGUGGGGAGACGAACAGGAAGACUUCAACUGUGACACCGAGCAGCCGGGCUGCGAGAACGUUUGUUACGACCGAGCCUUCCCUAUAGCUCAUAUACGAUACUGGGUGCUCCAGAUCGUGUUUGUGUCCACUCCCAGUCUGAUCUACAUGGGCCACGCCAUGCACACUGUUCGCAGAGAGGAGAAGAGGAGGAACAGAGAGGAGGAGGAGGAUGGAGAGGGAGGAGAGAGAGAGGAGGACACAGGAGGAGGUGACGGAGGAGGGGGAGGAGGAAGAAAAGAGAAACAGGGGAGGAAAGGAGAGAAGGACAGAGAAAAGGAGGAGGAUAAAGGUCAAUCAGCAGGUCGGGUCCGUCUGAAGGGAGCGCUGCUGCAGACUUACAUCCUGAGUAUCCUGAUACGAAGCAUCAUGGAGGUGGUGUUUCUGAUUCUCCAGUACUUCAUGUAUGGAGUCUUCCUCCAUCCUCUGUAUGUCUGCAAGGCCUGGCCGUGUCCACAUCCAGUGAACUGUUACGUCUCCAGACCAACAGAGAAAAACGUCUUCAUAGUGUUCAUGAUGGCCGUGUCGGCUGUCUCUCUGGUCCUCAGUGUGAUUGAACUGCAUCACCUGGCGUGGAGACACUGCUGCAGGCGCUGUUUCUUCAGGAAGAAGGCCGUCGCUUGCGCUAACGCGUCGCUGGCCCGGCAGCUCUCUCUGUCUCCUCCACCGCCGUCAACCCCGCCUCCAGACUUCAACCAGUGCGUAAUUGGCUCCACACACUUCCUGCCCCUCCCGUUCCCCAACCACCGCCUCGCCAACCAACAAAACUCAGAGAACAUGGCCACCGAGAAGCACAAGAUGGCCACCGCCGCCGCCGAGGAGGUGAACCACCUCCAGAUGAGCUGCUACUCGCCCGGGUGGCAGGGGACCGCUAACAAUGCGAUCCGAGACGGCGGAUACCUGAGGACGGACAGUAACUCCUACAGCCCUGGGAGCCGGGACAUCAGCUGUCCUCCUCAGGUCCAGAACGGCGGCCCAGACGGGCUGGUGCUUUGCCCGAACGGAGGGCUCUGUCAAAAGGACAAACGGAGAUUCAGCAAAACCAGCGGAACGAGCAGCCGAACGAGCAGCCGAACGAGAGCAGACGACCUCUCUGUUUAGAAAGAAAGAAACACCGGCUAAAUAAACUGAGACGUUUGAUUGUUUUAUGCCUGAACAUAUGCACAUAAUACACAUUUAAGACAGCCGGAGGAAUCAUCCUACACAUUUAGCAUGAACACUAUCUCCUUCUCUGAAAUGCUUCGCCGAUAUUACACUUUUUGACUGACUUUACUGGAGGAUAGUUAACUAUACAGGCAUCCAAAGAUUUAUACGCCCUCAAUUUAUCUUUACAGCGCUGCCGUUGGCCACCAGCCCAGCCAAC